AUGAAUGUGUUGCACGGCAUAGUCCGUGUCCAUAUACCUGAGUUGCUUGCUUCAGUACCUAUCCCCGAGACUUUUUCUGGCCUUUUUUCACUGUCACGUUACUCCGUGUAUUUCACAAUGAAAAACCGAUACUUUUCCAAACACGUUAAUACCCUAAUUAAAAAGGACCAAGAGAAGGUGGUUGACUUUAUUGAUAUCGAGUCAAUUGGGAGGAAAGCUGUUUACUGCCGCUGCUGGAAAUCAAAGAAGGCAAGACACCCUUUCCCACUUUGCGAUGGUGCUCACAAUGCGCACAACGCGGAGACUGGUGACAACGUAGGCCCGCUCAUCAUUGAGGCAAAGAAAAGUGCCUAA